AUGGGAUAUACUCAAAGACUCAAGACAAAACUGAGAGGUCAAAAUGGACAUGACGUACCAGAACCUGGCACUAACAAAGCAGCAAACGAACCCCCGCAGAGACGCGAGGGUCAACGCGAAACAAACGCUGUGAAUGGACUGAACCUCGUCGAAAUCCCAAAGCCCAAAGGCCUCCCAGUCAUUGGAAUUUUGCACAAAAUCGACUUUGAAUAUCCGCUGGCCUCUCUGAUUGACAUUAUCGAGCCGUUGGGACCGAUAUGUCAAUUCUCAAUCGGAGGCGAACUGUUCAUAUUCGUGGUAAGCGCAGAGCUUGUGACGGAACUUUGCGAUGAGUCAAGAUUCCACAAAGUGGUGGCAGCCGAACUGGACAAGCUGCGCUACCUUGUUCACGAUGGGUUGUUUACUGCGAGGAACGAUGAGCGCAAUUGGGCAAUCGCCCAUCGGAUCUUGAUGCCCGUUUUCGGGACCAUCAAGAUUCGGGACAUGUUUCCAGAGAUGAAGGAUCUUGCGCAGCAGAUGUGUCUUAAAUGGGCUCGCUACGGCGAAGAGUAUGUCAUUGACGUGACUUCAGACUUUACUCGUCUCGCCCUCGAUACCAUCGCCCUCUGUUCCAUGGGGUACAGGUUCAACAGCUUUCACAAUGGAGUGGUGCUGCACCCGUUUGUCCACAGCAUGGUGAGGAUAUUGAAAGAGUCCAGCACCCAGGCGUCUUUACCGCAUUUCAUCAAUUCCCUCCGAAAGAGAUCGCAGCACCGAUUCGAGAAAGACACAGCCUACAUGAGAGGACUAUGUCGAAAGAUCAUACAGGAAAGAAAGCAGCAGAAGGGGUCGGAUUUCCACGAUCUUCUGGGAGCGCUGCUAGAGGGCCGCGAUCCCAACACUGGCGAGGGAUUGGAUGACGACUCCAUCAUUGACAAUAUGAUUACAUUUCUCAUCGCCGGCCAUGAAACCACAGCGGGGCUUCUGUCAUUCACCUUCUACUACUUAUUGAAAAAUCCUCGGGCGAUGGAAAAGGCACGUCGGGAAGUCGACGAGACAACUGGAGGCGAGCCAAUUACCGUACAGCAUCUUUCCAAACUGCCAUAUCUCAACGCGGCUCUUAAAGAGACUCUGCGUCUUCAGCCUACAGCUCCUGGAUUCAUGUUGGGCUCGGCCAAAGACGAGGUGAUUGGCGGCAAGUAUUUGAUCCCGGCGAAUGUCUCCGUCACGGUCAUACUGUCCCUGCUGCAUCAAGAGAAGGGCGUCUACGGCGAAGAUGCCGCCGAGUUUAAGCCGGAAAGAAUGCUAGAUGAAAGCUUCAACAAGCUGCCGCCCAAUUCAUGGAAGCCAUUUGGCAACGGGAUGAGAGGAUGCAUUGGGAGGGCAUUUGCAACUCAGGAAGCGCUUCUAAUCAUUGCCAUGCUUCUCCAGAAUUUCGUAUGGGAGAUGGCAGACCCGGCGUACGAGCUCCAGAUCAGAGAGACAUUGACGAUUAAGCCAGAAAAUUUCAAAAUCAAGGCGAAACUCCGGCGUGGUGGAAACGCAACAGAUUUUCAGUCUGAGCUGCAGUCAUUGGGCACACAAGCAAAAGGCGUCAGGUCGGACUCUGCCGUGUCAAUGUCUUCGGCACACACUGACAAGGGAGAUAAAAAGCCAUUGACGAUUCUCUACGGAUCAAACAGUGGAACUUGUGAGGCCUUGGCGUACAGACUGGCAUCAGACGCUGCGCUUCAUGGAUUCUACGCAAGAAAGAUUGCGCCAAUGAACGCAGCCUGCAAUGACCUCCCGAAAUCUGAGCCUGUCAUCAUUCUUGCCGCUUCUUAUGAUGGCUCGCCGUCAGAUAACGCUGUCGAGUUUUUCGAAUGGCUAGACAAGGCUGAGCCAGAAUCCUUGAAGGGGGUUUCGUACACAGUUUUUGGCUGUGGACAUCGCGACUGGGUGGCAACUUUCCAGCGGAUUCCCAUCCUGAUUGAUGAUCUCCUCGAAAAGGCCGGAGCGGAACGAUUCGCUGAUAGGGGCCUCGCGGACGCAGCAGUGAUGGAUCUCUUUGUAGAGCUGGAGAAAUGGACCACUGAUGUCGUUUGGCCGGCAAUUUCGCAGACUGAGGGGGGGAGAGACGAUGAUGGGGAAACGCGACUGAUCAAUUCGCUACUCAAGCUUGAAGUCUCUCAGCCGCGACAACUGAGGCAGUAUUCCCAGUUAGUGCAGGCAACGGUGACAGAGUCGCGGAGCUUGACGACGGAAGCUGCCAUUGGGCAGAAGAUGCACUUGGGUAUGAAGCUGCCUCCAGGAGUAUCAUAUCAUCCCGGCGACCACCUUCUUGUUCUGCCUGUAAACCCUCCGAGAGACAUCAAGAGGGUUUUGUCGCGUUUUCACUUGGCUUGGGAUACUGUUGUGCGAGCUUCGGGUGAUCAAUACGCUCAUAUACCGGUUGAAACGUCGAUGACGGCGCAUGAGCUGCUGAGCUCAUACUUUGAGCUGUCCCAACCAGCAACACCAAGAGAUAUUCGAGUCCUUGCAGCAGCUGCUACUGAACAGAAGACGAAGCACCUCUUGAGCAAUUUAGCUACGGCGUCCUACGCAGAGGGCAUUCACGAGAACAGAGUUUCGCUGCUUGACUUGCUGGAGGAAUUCACAGAUAUCCCUCUCGCAUUUGGAACCUUUAUCGCCCUUUUGCCAUCUCUGCGCCUACGUACCUACUCCAUCUCAUCCUCGCCGUCUUGGGAGCCGAAUCACGCCAGCUUGACGUUUUCGAUACUAGACGAGCCGCCUACUCCGCCGAGAUCGAAGAGUUUUCUCGGUGUGGCUUCCAAUUAUCUUGCCAAUUUAACUCCGGGGGAUUUGAUCCAUGUGGCAACUCGUCCAGUCAAAAACAUCUUCCAAAUGCCUACCGAUGCUUCCAAAGUGCCAAUCAUCAUGAUCGCCGCAGGGGCAGGCAUUGCACCAUUCGUGGGAUUCAUCCAAGACCGAGCUUCUCAGCAACGGAAUGGAACCGAGCUCGCGCCCGCCGCGCUCUUUUUCGGAUGCCGAUCAUCGCAUGACGAUUUGCACCACCAUGAGCUCGACUAUUUUGAGGAUUCCGGCGUCGUUCAAGUGUUCCGCGCCUACAGCAGAGAAGAAGACGCCGGCUCCAGGCCCAACACUAGGAAGGGAUACGUCCAGGACAGUUUGCUGGCGGAAAAGCAGGCGUUUCUGCGGCUUUGGAAUGCCGGCGCAAAGAUUUACGUGUGUGGAGGAGUGAGGAUGGCGUCGGGAGUGAAGGAGGCGGUGAUGAAAUUGGUGUACAUGGCGGAGCAGGAUGCGGCGUCGAAGAGUUUUACGCCGCAGGAGUGGUUUAAGCGGUUUGAGAAGACGCGCUAUGCUGCAGAGAUUUUUGCUUGA